UAAAAACAGCCACGAAAUCGUACUCGAUUGUGAAUUUAAGCGUCGCGUACGGGCUUAAUGUGCAUCACGAAAAUCUUAAGUGUAUUAAUAAAUAAUCUUUUGUUAUUAACAUUAACAUAAAGUGUCAUACAUACUUACCUUCUGUGUGCGUUGUCCACAUCCUUGGAGACGGCGUCCAGUGAUUCCGACGGGAGAAUUGUCCUUAGCAAAACCGGUUUUGAGGUUAGGGGAACACCUUGGUGUCAUACUUACCCGAGGGUGAAUCCGGAAGGGCGUGGUAAUCCAGAGGCGUCCGAAGGCAGUCCAGCGAAGUCCGAGGGGAGUCCAGCAGCAGCACCUAAAACAGAAAGGAAAAGAUUAGUCAUAUUAGUUAAGUGGGAACCGUUCGUGUUGGUUAAGACAUAACCUAAAAAUUGGAAUACGUGUCUUGUGCGACGGCGGCCUGCAGAGUAUCCCGAGCGUUCCGGCAGUUCGAGAGACGACUCGGAGACGUGGAACCUUGUUCCUGGGAUGGUCAAAGGAACUGGCGACCGUGAUAAAUGACCGGAUCGACAAGACAACAAAGAUUAAAAGAUUGCGAGGUAUGCGGUGCAAUUAAGGCGCUGUACACGUGUCCGAAAUGUGAGGUUAGAACGUGCUCUCUCACAUGCGUCAACAUCCACAAAAAGGAGCUAGAGUGUGAUGGGAUCCGAGACAAGACCAAAUUCGUACCUUUAACGUCAUUCACUGACUUGGAUUUGCUGAGUGAUUAUCGUUUUCUUGAACAAGUUGGCAGAUCAAUCGAUACAAAAAAGAGAAGGCCGGAGAUAAAAUACUCGCGUCAUGUCAAUCUACCAGUGCACUUACAUAAACUGAGAUGUGCUGCAGCUUCUAAAAAAGUGUCACUGCUAUUUAUGCCGCAAAUCUUCAAUCGGCACAAGGAGAACACUACAUAUCUUAAUUGGAAGACCAACGAGCUGUUUUGGCGUGUAGAAUUGAUUUUUCCACAAGCUGAAAAUACAAAAUGUGUAGUGGACAAAACUUUGGACAACGUAAGAUUAUCAACAUUAGUAGAACAGGUUUUAGAUCCAGUCUCUACAAUAGAUAAGAUUGACAUCGAAAAAUUAAAUGAUAAUCUAGUUUUAGCUGAUAAACUGCAAUUUUAUAGAGCAGCUGGGUUAAGUGGUAUUAAAGUUCUUUUAAAAGCCGAGAAAAUAAAAAGAGCGAACUUUAAAUUUUACGACUUGGAUCUUACGCUUACAUUAAAAGAAAAUUUACAGAAUAAAACUAUAGUGGAGUUUCCAACCUUACAUGUGAUUAUGAAGGAUCAUUCUAAUAUAUAUGAGAUUAUAGACACUGAUGAAGAAACGAGUGACACAGAGUAUACAAAUCGUGAAGUAAGAAAAAGGUACAAUAAUGAUAAUGGGAACAAAAAGGAUGAGCCAGUAAAUUACUUCUUCAAUGAUUUUUCGGAUUCUGAUGAUGACAAACGGACGGAGAAUAAAAUAAAAAGGAAGAAACAAUCACUUGAUAUACCAAAUUACGAAGAGUUAAUAAAAAUGUGAAAAUUACAUGCUAGAUAUAUACUUAAUUUUUUAUUGUUAUUAUAUUUAGAUAUUUUUAUUGUAAAUACAUUACCAUUAAGUUUUAAUACAGAUAAAAUACAUACAAAUUUAGUAACAUUAACCCUUUCAAUACAGAACAGUGCAAUAAGCAUUGCAUGGCUAAAAAAUAAAAUGGUAAUCUUUAUUCUGAGCACAUACACGUCUAUAGACCAAAAUAAAUUUCUCUUUUUGGCUCCCAACAGUACUCAAAGGGUUAAUGACUUACGGCCAUCUAUGUAUAUAUAUAUAUUUUUUUUUAUUGGUUCUUUUUUUAUUAAUGAUAUACAUAUACACAUAAUCUGCAUAUCACCUAAAAAUACAACCAUACUCAAAAAUAAUAAAUAUAUUUUCUUUAACUUAUAUUACGUUGAGAUUUCGCAAAGGAUCAAACUGUACAAUUUAAUAAAAAUGUAGGAAUGAUAAAA